GUAAACAUUCUGAAGUUUAUCACGGGCGAAGACGAACUAAAAAUGUGUUACUUCACUCAAAGUUCCCUUCAGAUAGAAGACGUCAACCAUGUUUGAGGUGGUCUUACAGCGCCAAGUGUGUGAAACGGGCAAACUAAUCAGAAACAAGAGAAGAACGAGCUCCGACGGAUCGAAAAGGCGAAAGUGUUAGCGUGUGGUUGCUGUUUUGUUUUAAAUUCUAGUAGUCGAUAUAAAAGCAAGUAGCGCUCCUGUCGAUAAGCUUACUUGAGUGUUAUCAGCGCCAUGAGGUUGCAUGUGUGUCUCGUGGUUCUGCUGUUCACUUCGACCUUCGGGGAGAAGGAGAAGGCUAAGAAGGACGCGGAGGAGCCUCCGAAGAAGACCUCAUCCACCAAGACAGAGAAGCGCGGUAUUGAAGAGCUGAUCUACGAACCUCAGCUGUCUGGCGGCUACGCUGGGGGGUUCGGAUACGGAGACGCGGGGUACGAGCUGGGGGGUCAGCACAGCCUGGGUCUGCUGGGGUACGGGGCCCACAGCCUGAGUCCCACCAGCCGGAUCAAGAGCAUUGUCAUCACAAAGGAAGUGACAAUUCCUGUUCCUCAGCCGUACCCCGUCCCUGUAGAGAGGACAAUUCCUUACCCCGUCAAGGUCCCUGUACCUGUUCCCGUUGUGAAGCAUUACCCCGUCCCAGUGCCUCGACCUUACCCCAUUCAUAUUGAGAAGAAGGUGCCCUAUCCCGUUGAGAAGAUCGUUCCGUAUCCCGUGAAGGUCCCUGUGAAGGUACCUGUCCCUGUACCUCACCCUGUCCCUGUUUCCAAGCCCUAUCCUGUCCCUGUACACGUUCCAGAGCCCGUCAUAGUGAAGAACCCGGUGCCAGUUCUUCUCCAGGAACACGGCGGUCUGAUCGGCGGCUACGAAGGUAUUGCAGGGGACUACGGUUUCGGUGAACACGAAGUCCUUGGCCUCGGCGAAGUCUACGGGGUAACAGGUGACCUCAGUGGAGGUUACGUCCAUGGCGAGUACCAUUAGAACUCCAUUUCGGUCUUCUAUACGUCGUCACUAAACAUCGAAGAAAAAUGUGCCAUUCCACGCGCCAUUAAUACACACCGGAGACUGGAAAAUAACUUGAGUUUGUUAAAACUGUAUUUAAUUAAUUUAUAAUCUAGCUAUAUAUCUGUGUUCUGCAAGAUUAUUUUCCAUAGACACAUAACUUCCUUCACAUUACACAUAUUUAUAUCAUACUGUUAACACACGUUCAAUGUAAUCAUUCCAGGUUGAAGUUUUGCUGCAUUACAGACGAUAACAAGCGACAAGUAAAAUGAACAAAAAAACUAUAACUUUGUA